AUGUCUAAUGCCGAUUGCCGUGCUCAUUUUGUUCUUGGUAUGUGGAGUGAGGAUGCCCAAAUACAGAUACUGAACUACAUACCCCACUACAGACAGCCAGCCUUGAUACCAAACAGAUUGACCGUAGGAAAGUUACAUAUCAUGCUUUGUAUGGAUGAUGGUCAGCUGAUUGCCAGACCUCCUCUGGACAAAACUCCUAUGUAUGCUUACUAUGUAGGAAAGACAGCCUUCCACAAGGAUCUGCUAUAUUUUGAGGUGAAGAUACAGGAAAAAGAAGUUAAAAGCUCUGACAACCUCAUCAGUAUUGGUUUGUGUGAUUCCUACUUCAGUGCCAUAAACUUUCUGGGAGUGAAGUCAUCUGUUGGAUACCACAACACUGGAGUAAUUCAGUUUGAAGGGAAGUCCUAUGAUUCCAAGAAAGAUGAGUUCAGCUAUGGGGCAUCAAAUGUGAUUGGCUGUGGUGUAGAACCUAUCAAGGGGAAGUCACUCCAGUUUACAGAGGAUGGCAAACUUACUUCGCAACAGAAGCUGAUUGUAUAUUUCACCAAAAAUGGCAAACGGGUCCAUGAAAAUGAGCUGGCCCUUCGCUGGGAUGGAUUGUAUCCUGGUGUAUGUAUGGUGAAGGAACAUUCUGUCAAGUUAUUGAACUUCUACCCAGAGACAAAGGUCCUCAGAAAGAGACUGGAGAAGGAAGAAGAGGAACGCAAGAGAAAAGAAUUGGGGCUACCAGAGCCUGCUCCAUCCUCACAAUCUGAGGAAAUUGUGAGCCAUGAUUUUGAAGGCUGUGAAUUCGUCAUUGUGGGUAUGGCUAAAGACAAUGUUGAUGUUAGCGGGAAAGCCCAGCUGUUACAAGGUCAAAUGGAUUUGGAUACAGACUUCUCUGUCCUUAAUGACCUCACCAAGCAUCUAGAUGAUGUCCACAGAAAUUGUGGUGACCUUGACCUUCAAGGUCAGGAGAACUUUUCUCAGCUUUGUGCUGUUCAAGAAAACUUUGAAAACCUGAAAAAGAACAAACAGCGGUUACAUUUCCUGACAUCAAACCUCAUAACAGACAAGGGAAGAGCUGACAUUAUGAAACAGGUGGAGAAGACAUUCCUAGGUCACCAAAAGAAGUAUCCCGUUCAGCAUCAGCUGACUUCAAACAAUCUCAAAAUUCUCCAGGAAGUCAUUCAGUGUCUCAAGAAGGAGAAGAUGCAGGAUGUCUCUGCUGAACUUUUCGGUGCCCAAGCAAUCUGCACUGAUAUCUUUGUCAAUCUUCUCCAGAUUCUCCAGGAAAAGGGAGAUCUGUUGAUUCUGAAGCAUGGGUCAAGGAGGAUAGCAGUAGACCUGGAGUUCUGGUUUGAUGUGAUGAGUAAUAUACAGAAGAUAUCUGGAAUGACAAUGAGUGGCAAGUGUGUGACAGCUGUAGGUUCAUCCUGCCACAUCUGGACAGAGGAUGCAUUCAAAAAGAGGUUCCAUGGAUUAGUGGAUUCUGACAAGUUCAGCACCCUAGUACAGAUGAUGCAUGAUUACCUAGGACUGGUGCGGCUGUCGUGUUUCAGAACCAUGCCUACUGACCCAAAGUUUGUGUAUACCACAAUACCCAACCUCGGCACACCACCAGAGACUUUGAGAGAGUUUUGGACUGGUAACGAGAAAAACAAGAAAAAUUCCAUCUUAGUACAGUGUACUUAUUCAUUCCUACAUCGAAUACCAGACCACAUCCUGGCUCUUGUUCUCAGUCACAUGACUAAAUAUGGCCGCACUGUCUUGUUGACAUCUGAGGGUGGUGUUUUCCAGCUUGGUGCAGUACAGACAGUGAUAAUCAGACAUGAAGGACUGAUGGACCUUGUAAACAGUGACGUGGAUCCAAUUCUGGAUAAAGGUGUGUUGUCCGUAGAGUCAAGAUGCUACUUUCCUGAAAAGCUCACAGAGACAGUAAACGCGCUUACAGAGACAACAGUGAGGGAGUACACAUGGCAGGUGUUCUGUCUCUAUACCGACCUGAUUGACCAUGUCCUCUUCUACCAGAACAUCACACCGGUUCUCUCAAGGAGUGUCCCCAAAGGUCUAGUAAAUGUGUCUGUGGGAUGCAGACAUAAUUGGAAGGCCUUUGACUCCAAACAGAUACAAUCAGUUUGUACACUGUGUAACAACUGCGUGGAGCAUGGCAUUGACUGUGAAUGGAAUGGAAUUAUGGGUACUUCCUUACGGGAAUGCGGCUGUAAGACCAGUAUCAGUGGCUGCCAUGACUGUGGUAUCUGUGGACGGUGUGCGAAGACUAUUUGGAGGAUGCGCAGUGUUUUGAGGCCCAACCCAAUGAUGUCUACCAAGGAUGAAUUGCCCCCAGUUCCUUUGGAUCCUGUGGCCUACAAUGAAAUAGAGGUCACAAACAUCAGUGGUGUACCUCCUCGCAUCUGUCUACGAGAUGUCAAUGAUGGAUCCUUAGUACGUGUUUUCCCUGGAAGAGCAACAGUUGUGAUGGAGGAAGACAAAGAAAAGUUAGAAAAGAAACUAAACAAGCUGGACUUACAGGAGACAAGCCCGAAACAUAAAUACAGCAACAAUGUCAAGGACACAAUUAAACUACGCAUCUCAGACCCAUUGGGAGCUGUACAUCUAGGAGGAGGGGAGGUAACUACUGAGACAGAGAUACAGGAAUCCCGUAUAGUGUACCAUCCCACUAUCUGCAGAGAACUGCGUGUCCAUCAUGAGACUGGGAUGCUGUGUUAUGACACCAAUUCCCCAUCAAUACCAGUCGGACAGUUUGUUGGACCAAGCCCAUUCUCUUCCACCUUUUCUGAAUUUUCAUUCAAGGUGAUGAACUUAGGUCUGAAAGGAACUAUAGUGAUUGGAAUCUGUCCUAAGACCUACCCAGCGAACAGACAACCUGGUUGGAACCGCUUCUCCAUUGCUUACCAUGGAGACGAUGGAGGUAUUUUCAUUGAGAGUGGUUACCCAAAGCAGACAACACGCAAGAACUUCGCAGUCGGAGAUGUUAUCAGGUGCCAUCUCAAUGUCACUGACCGUAUGCUCUACUUCUACAAAAAUGAGGAGGAGAUAUACCAGACCAAGGUAAACAUACCAAGAGAUGGUUACUAUCCCUGCAUAGGCAUGCAUUCCCUGGGAGAGUGUGUCAAACUACUACAGAAGGAUCCCUGGCUGCCCAACGAAGGAAACCCUUCUAUCAAGGCUACAGCUUUUGAUACUCACAAGUAUGGCAACCUUUUGAUCAGUCCUGCUCGUGUGAUAGUGCUGAAAAAGAUGGGUAGCCGCGGUAACGUGGGAUGGAUCGUUCUACACAAUCCUACCAAGGACAAGAUUGGCUACAGGAUUGCUGAGGAUUCAGAUGCGGCAGACAAGAAAUACUAUGUGGGACUACUUGAUCCUGCAGAAUCAAAGGCUUUUGAGUUAAAACCAAAUUUUCCUACUGUUUCCCAUCAAAUCAUCAACUGGAUAGCCUUAGAGAAGUCAAAGACCUACACAAAUGAAUUCCUGGAAGAACAGUUCAGGGCAGCUGGUCAAAACAUAUACACACACAGAUUACAAAUGAAGAAUCUGGCUGCCUCAUCAGAUCUGAAUGUAGAAGAAUUAAGUCUGGUGAAAGAUGAACCAAAACCCAAAAGCAAGAAUAAAGUUUGUCUGGAAGUGUACAAAAAUCAAACCUUGGUUGAAAAAUACUGGCUCAACCUUGGAUCGUAUCGACUGGAGUUGCCCUCAGUAGACAAGAUCGGCCAUUGCCUGGUCAAGUGUCCAAAAUGUCCAAGUUUCUUGUAUCCUUCGACUUUCCAAAAGGGGAUGAAGAUUGUAGUGAAGAUUGGCAAUGACCUUGCUGAAGCUGUGAUUACGGAGAUGUUUGAGGGCGGUGGUUACUGUAUGGACUACAUGCCGGAAGGCAAAAAUGAACUGGAGACAUUGUGCUUCCAAGAAAAUUCUACGCUAGGAAUCAGUAGCUCUGAAUGGCAAGAUGAUGCCAACGUUCUUUUACUGAAACUGGACUCUGACAAAAUUCACCUGAACAAAACCUUCAUUCCGGCACCACCUUUUCUUUCCUCUCCGGGAAGUGCCAAAGCAUUGGUUUCCCUUGAUCCAGACUGGUCCAUCAAUACUCUACUCAGAUUUAGUAGCUGUAGUCAGGUUCUCACUCGUGUCACAGUACAAGAACAGUUACUGACCUAUCAGUCCCGAACCCUUGAAGACUGGCUGGAGGGAUAUAGCUUUAACAGUCAUGUUGACUCAUCAUUUGCCUUUCUACCACGAGAACUGGAUGCUAGGAGCCUCAUGUUUCCUCGUUUUGACUCCAUAUUUGAUGAUGUGGUUGUACACAGACUCUGCUUCUCUGCAGACCAGUUCCGUCAUUUCCAGCCCACUCACAAGUUGAAGUUGAAUGUUCCAAUCCAUUUUGUGGAUAUUCCUGGAUUUGUUCCUUCGGAGAGCAUCUCCGCAGACCUGUCCUAUGGUUGUUUGUUCCAGGGAUGGGUUUAUAUUGCUCUGUUGGCCCAAAGACUCCAGCUGCCAAUAUACAAAAAUUUGUUUCAAGGAGAUCUGUCAGGUCUGAAAAGGGAAGAGAUAGAGAGUCUGCUGUAUCGCCUUGUACAGCCCUACGCAUCCCUGUGUGGCAUUUAUGCCAGUCAAGUGGGAGGUUUACCCAACCAAGAAAACCCUGUCAAUGGAUCAGAGAAAAUUACUACACUCAUCAAAGGGCAGGACACUCCUUACCUACAGAAAUUUAAAAAUGAACCUUCAUCCGAUGCAGAAAAACUCGUUAAACACCAGAGAAAUUACACCUGUAAAGCUCACAACCUGUCCAUCAAUGGUAGCCAAUCCAUGUUCCCAAAAAACACACAGCUCAAAUAUGAAUACUUUGAGCCAUACAAUGGAUUGGUAAAUGCCUUUUCCUGGGAUUUCCCUGAAUUGCCAUCUCUUCCAAAGGACUUCUUUUCCAAGUUCUCAAACCUGGAGUGCUUGUUUUUGGCUCAGUGUAAAUUAUCUGAAAAUCCAGUCAUUCCUUCAGGCAUUGUCAAUUGUACUUCCUUAGAAAAUGUCUCACUGCGAAGUCUUGGGGUUUCCAAGCUCCCAGCAGACCUUCUCAAUGGCCCUGCCCUCAAGUCAGUAACCUGCUCAAACAUGGUGGUGAAAGAGAUUAAGUUUGAUUGGCCUGAUAACAGUCGUCUGACAAAGUUGAUUCUUUCUGGAUUGGUCCUUACCAGCUUGCCAACUGGAAUCUCAAGUCUUAAGUCACUGAAGGAACUCAUCCUAGACAACAAUAUUCUCACCAGCCUACCAGCAACUCUCAAGGACUUGCCCAAACUCAAGGUUCUGUCCCUCAAAGGAAUUCCUUGGGUUACAUUUGAGGGAGCAAGGACAAAGAUCACCAGAAAGCAAUAUGAGAGUUGGCUUGACGAAAACAAGAGUGUCUGCCAUGUUUUAGGGGAAAAGGAAGUCAAUGAUUACUUCAACAAAUACGACGUAAACAAGAACAACGAACUUGAUGAACAAGAAAUUGCUCACCUCAACCUCUACCUCUUUUUCAAAAUUCCACGCCUAAAAAACAAAACGGGAACAGAUGAGUUUGGAGGAAUACCUCCAGUUGUAUUUGACCUCAUGAACCUCCAGGAACUCUACCUGAAUAAUCAGGCUAUCACAAUGGUCCCUAAGCAGCUUAGUCAGCUACAAAAUCUGCAGAUUCUUGACCUUAGUCAUUGUCCUCUGCUGGAGAGUAUUGAAGGUUCAGUUGGCCUCAUUCCCAACCUCAAAUCAAUUCGUCUUACCAGCUGUCCAUCACUUCGGACUCCUCCCAAUGAGGUGGUCAGUCGAGGAUUUGAGUCUGUGAGGGCUUAUCUCAAACGACUUGCAGGAGGCUUCACCGAAUGUCGUAGGACGAAGCUCAUGUUUGUUGGUUUAGGAGGAGCAGGAAAAACCAGCUUGCUACAAGCCCUGAUGAGUGUAAACAAGAAAACAACAGGAACUCAGAAUGCUCAGCUGACAGAUGGAAUUGAGAUCAAACCCUGGACAGUGAAGACAGAUGAGGGUUUAGAUAUCACCUAUAGUACCUGGGACUUUGCUGGACAGACUGUGUACUACAACACACAUCAGUUCUUCCUGUCUAAUCGUGCUGUGUAUAUGCUGUUGUGGAACAUGCGUAUGGGAUUUGAGCAUGCUGGUCUUGAUUUCUGGCUGAGCUCCAUAGCCUGUCAUGCACCUAAGACACCAAUCAUAGUCGUAGGAACCCAGUGUGACCAGGUUCCCAAGGUGGACAUUCCAGAAAAUGACCUUAGAAAACGUUAUCCUCAGAUCACCACCUUUCACUAUGUUAGCUCCAUCAAGGGCACAGGAAUUGCUGAUCUUGAGAAACAGCUUAUCUCUAGCACACUAAGCCAGAAGUACAUGGGGGAAAAGAUCCCACAGGUCUGGCUAAACUUGGAGAAGAAAAUACUUGCUGAGCGCUCAAAACACAGCAUUCUGAAGUGGGAGACUGUCAAAAGCUUUGCCAUAGAUAAUGGCAUAUUUGAUGACAAAGAUGUGAAGCAGGCAGUGAAGUUCCUUGACGACCUUGGAACACUACAGUACUUUGACAAUGAUUUUCUGCGAGACCGUGUUGUCAUCAACCCUCAGUGGAUCGUCAAUGUCAUGGCAUGUGUGGUGUCUGUCAAACAUUCCCUCAUACAGGAACACAAUGGCCGAUUUCUCCAUGACCAUAUUGAUCAGAUCUGGAAGGAUUAUGACCAGGAAUUACACAACUGGCUACUCAGACUGACUGAAGAGUUCGACUUGACCUUCCCUCUGCCUGGAAACCAGCGUACGAACAUUGUGCCCUGUUUGCUACCCCAGGAGGAACCUGAAGAGUUGAGCUGGCCUGACAUUGAUAAGAAUACUGGAGUGAGAGAGAACAAGCUGGUUUAUAAGUUUUCCUACCUCCCUGCUGGUCUCUUCAACAGGGCACAGGUGAGAUUGUUCCAGUUCUCUGACGGAAAAAUUAUCUGGAAGAAAGGCUCAAUGCUUAACAAAAACAGACAUUUAGCUUUAAUACGACAGGAAAAUGACUCUGAGUUAAUGGUACUGGUACAGGGACCCCAGCCAGAAAACAUUCUACUGUUGAUCCAUGAGGUGUUCGAGAGUCUCAUUGAGGAGUCCUUCCAUGGAGUCAUGUAUGAUUUCUUCAUCCCCUGUCCUGACUGUAUCAGCAAGGAGGGAACAAGAGAGCCAUGUCUGUUCAAAGGGGAGCUAAUUCGGAGGGCAGGAGACCUCAAGGCUCCCUUUCUACAGUGUACAAAGUACUUCCAUACUGUAUCUAUGGGGCAGCUACUUGAAAUGAUGCCUGAGGAACAAGAUACUGAUUUUGAUAUUCAUCUACAGCACAGUAUCUCAGCUCUACAGUCCCUGAACAAAAGUAUGGAAAAUGAUGUGGCUAUUCUCUACUGCAAGGCUGACCUUCCUAAAGGUGACACUUCAAAGGUUGAUCCUGCCAAGAUCAAAACCCACCUGGAGGAGUCAGGCUUGUCCUGCUGGUAUCCAAACAUGGAAGAAGGUGCCAAACUGAAUGACAUGAUGAUGGCACUCAAAAACUGCAAGGUAAUAGUGGGUGUUAUGUCAGAUGAGUUUGAGCGCGACCAGAUGUGCAGCAAUAUGUUUCAGUAUGCAAUGGAAGGUCUUGCUAAACCAUUCCACCUCGCCUGUGUAGGCACAAGUAAGGAGUGGCAAAAAACUGACCUGGGUAUGAAGAUAGGACAGCCAAGAAUGGCCAUGAUUCGCACAAUAGAUCGCUUUGACAACAAGAUCAAAGACCUGCUGGAGAUGGUUCAUGAAACGGUGCAAGGCAUAAAUAAUAAUGCCCUGGAAUACCCUGUGUGUUUCAUUAGUUACACUUGGGUUAACUCCCUUGCUGCAGUGAAGCUAGGCACAAAAGAACGUCCAGGGUCCCUAGGAUACGGGGACCCCCGUGCUAUCAAGGAUUUCUUAGAGAAAAAAGGCAUCAAGUGCUGGAUUGACCAUGAACAAAUGAGCAAGGCUGGUCUGUAUCAUGACAUUGCAGUGGGGCUGCAGAACAGCCGUGUGAUGGUCGCCUGUGUGUCUGACGAGUAUGUGAUGUCUGAAGCCUGUAUGAUGGAGAUUCGGUUUGGGGUUUGUACAAUGAACCUGCCUCUCAUUGUUGUAGUCGUGGGCACUGGGCAGAAGUGGAAACAAUCUGAGAUUGGUCUGCUCAUGCGCCGGUCAUCCGCUGGUGUCAAUAAGGUAUACAUGCAGAAGGAAAACCCUGAGGCAUGGGACACACUCCUUCAGUUUGUGAAGGACUCCAUUUCAAAAGCCAGUGAUAUGAAGAAUGAAAAUGUCAACAAGAAGGAAACCAAAGUGAAGAAACAAAGCAAGAAAUCUGAAGAAAACCAGCUGUCUUAUAAGGAGGAAUAUGAAUUAAUACAGAGGAAAUUUAUGCGACACAUUACCAACAUGAUUAACCAGCUUGAUCUGCCAUUACUACCAAGACUUCUGGUUUUUGACUUCCUCAAGGUAUCAGCUAUGAAAAGAACUGAGUCACACGCAGACCCUGAUGCAAAUAACCGCCCUGUCUCCUCCAAACGAAGGGUAGUCUCUAAGGAGAUGAGUGUUGUAAAGAUGAAGCCAGUGGUAGUGGACACAGACCAGGACGAGUGGGAGGAGGAAGAGAUGUGUAUACGAGUCCUGUGUGAACAUGAGGAGGGAUGGCAUCUACUGGGCAAACCUUUGACUCUCAAGACAAGGACAGACGAGGAAAUAGAAAAUUGUCUGUCCACAACAGCACCAUAUUUAACUCGCAUUUAUGCUAUCCUACGCCAAAGCUCCAUGAGACUCAACUGUCUAAACAGCAAGAGUGGAGAGAAGUUCGGAAACUGGCUUGAUGACAAACGAGAGUCCAUGGAAAAGGAAACAAAAUCAAGCAUAACCUUCCUUCAGGCAUACAUGACGCUGGUCACUGGUCAAAUAUGUAAGCUUUAUAAAAGUCUAUUGCAGCUGUGUAUCUUUAGAGGACUGAAUCAUUGUAGCAGUGUUGAGCUACUUUAUAGAACAACUAAAGGACAGUUAAUAGAUAUCUGUUUCUCCUUUGUGUACAGGUGUCACCUUCCAAGUGGUAAAAUUUCCUGGCUGUGCAAGACCCAUCAGAAAGGAAACCGAAUCACCAAACUGGCUUCAGGGGAGGGAAGCAAGGGUGGUGGAGGCAAGAACACGUUAUUUAGAGAAGAUGUACUGUUUAAGGAAUUCCUGGACAAUGAUCCAGAGUACCGGAAGAUGAUUCAGGAAAUAAACCUGAAAGCAACUCGGGAACGGACCAUGAUGAUGGAGAGAGAGAAAACUCUAGGUGUUAAGGAGAAGAAGGACGAGAAAGAAAAGAGUAACGAAAAAGACAGCAAAGACAAGAACAGCAAGGACAAGAACAGCAAAGACAAGGAUGUGAAAACUGAAAGUAUGUCAAAGACAGAAAAUUCCAAGAAGGCAGCUCAGACUUUCAGGGCAGCAAAGGAUGUUGUUGUUUUAACAAACCAGGCUUCGAAACGCUCCAGUAAAGAAAAUGGGCAGACCAGCAUACCAAUGUCACCAAGUUCUAGUGAAAAGUCCCUCCAAAGUCGCAAGCUGAAAGCUGCAGGAACUGCAGCCAGACUGACAAAGAAGCCGAGUAGUACUGGUAGACCAGGUAGUCGAGCAUGCUCAAUUCAGUAAAUACAGUGAGACCAAUCGAACACAUGCCAUUCUGUAUACAUAAGGAUAUUCAUAAGGAGUUUUAGAA